UCCCGAUCGAGGGAUCGAGCCCUAACCCCGCAGCGUCCUCGCCUCACUUCAUCUUGCUCCUCGCCCCUCCAAGAACUCCUCGCCGGCGACCUCCGCCGCUCCAAGAACUCGCCGGAGGCUACCGGAGCUGGAGGACGCCGCUGCCUCCCUACGCCGUGGGAUUUGGAUGCUCACAGGUCGGCGAUUUCUGGUUUCCUUAACCCUAAUCGGAGCUACACUGCGCUAUUGGACCUCAUUUACCCUGAUCCUAGAUCAAGAAGAGAAGAGAAAGGAAGGAGAAGAAGACGGAGAGGGAGAAGGUGAGACCCGUACCCUAAGCUUGCCCUAUCUCUCGUACGCGAGAACGCACGAACGCGACGGGUGGAGGGAUUCGCUGUUCCAAAUCAACUAGUUUCUUAAUCUGUAUCUGGAGUGGGAGUCAUCCUUCGCGGCGUUUUCAAGAAUCAGCUGUUACAACGGUUCAUAUGUUUCAGAGCCUAAACAUAUGAUCCUGCUCACCUGAGGUGAUUAUGCAGUUUAUGGAAAACAUCAAAGCACACUUGCUGCACUUCUACUGCUGCAAGUACAUUGGAUCAUGACAUAAGUGCCUGUAAAAAGGCACAGUUAUGGCCUCGAAGGGUCCCAGGUUGAAGACAGAUCAAGAGACACGGCCGAGACGUCAGAAGGAGCCUCCCCGACCCAAGGCUCAUUGGGAUCAUGUUCUGGAAGAGAUGCUUUGGUUGUCAAAAGACUUUGAGGCGGAGAGAAGAUGGAAAUUGGCUCAAGCCAAAAGGGUUGCUAUACGAGCCAGUAAGAGUGUUUUGGAUCAAGCUACCAGGGGAGAGAAAAAGCAAAAGGAAGAGGAGCAACGACUGAGAAAAGUUGCCUCAAAUAUUUCAAAGGACGUGAAAAAGUUCUGGAUCAAAAUAGAGAAGUUGGUUCUCUAUAAGUACCAAUUGGAGCUCGAGGAAAAGAAGAAAAAGGCUCUUGAUAAACAACUUGAUUUUCUUUUAGGCCAGACAGAAAGAUAUUCAACAAUGUUGGCUGAAAAUCUAGUUGAUAUGCCCUAUUCUUCAAAACCGGGGAUUGUAAAUUCUAUGGCAAAUCAACCAAUUGAUUCAAAUAAGAAGGGUGAUAAUCAGAGUCCUACAAGAAGUGCAGGCAAUGAUGUUGCUGAACUAAAUAAUAUGGAGACUGAUGAUGAUUAUAAGACCCAUUCAGAAGAUGAGACGGAAGAUGAUGAACGCACUAUUGAGGAGGAUGAGGCUCAAAUUACAGAUUCUGAAAGAAGAGAAGAACUUAAAGCUUUGCAGGCAGAAGCAGAUCUUCCACUUGAGGAGCUUCUUAAGAGCUAUAAUGGAAAGACAGUUAGCAGGGAAGGCAGUCCAGAAGGUGGUAAAGAGUUGGCUAAGCCAAUUUUAAAGGAGGAUCAGAUUAAGGGUGAGAUAUAUGGCUUUGCAGAUUCUUCAAAACAAGCAAAUGGUUAUAGUCAUGCUGUUGAGCAUUUUAUGAAUGAUAGUCAUCUUGAUGUGAAUUCCUCUGAUUUGGGGGUUGAGAAUAGGCAUUCGGCCUUUAAUUCCACUCAGCUUAAAUAUAGAGACAGUAAUGGUAAUAUAUCCUGCCAUGAUGACCAGAUGACAGCUGUGAAAUCAGAACUUACAUCUCAUUCCAAUUCUCUCAAUUGGUCUGAUAUGGAAUGUUCUCCCCCUGGUUCUGCUGAUGGAUUAGAUGAUAAAGAUUUUAUUGUUGGUGAUGAAGAAGGAGAGGAUGACGAGGCAACACUAUCGGAAGCAGAAGAGUUGGCAAAAAAAGAUAAUGCUAAUCCUGUGGAUGAGAUCAUGUUGCUUCAAAAGGAGAGUGAAAUGCCUAUAGAAGAGCUCCUUGCGAGGUACAGCAAGGAUGGCUAUUUGGAUGAUGGCAUAACAGAAUCUGAAUGUGCUUCUGUAAGUUCUGAUGAAGAUCAGGAAAUUCAACAUGGGAAUGCAAACCUUAUGAUGGACAAUAGUGCUUCUGAAAAGGACAACUCUACCUGGCCCAGUGAAGAACUACAUGCUUUUAAAGAGGAAGAGGAAGUAGAUCAUGAUAAGAUAACGGAGGGAAGAGAGAGUGAAGAUAUAAUCGCUGAUGCUGCUGCGGCUGCCAGAUCAGCACAACCAACUGGCAACACCUUCUCAACUACGAAAGUCCGCACAAAAUUUCCCUUCCUUCUUAAACACCCUCUUCGUGAAUACCAACAUAUUGGGCUGGAUUGGCUGGUCACAAUGUACGAGAAAAGGCUUAAUGGGAUUUUAGCUGAUGAGAUGGGGUUAGGAAAGACGAUCAUGACGAUUGCUCUCCUUGCCCACCUCGCUUGUGAGAAAGGCAUAUGGGGGCCCCACCUCAUAGUUGUCCCAACAAGUGUCAUGCUUAACUGGGAAACUGAAUUCCUUAAAUGGUGCCCUGCUUUCAAAAUUUUGACAUACUUCGGGAGUGCAAAGGAACGGAAGCAUAAACGCCAGGGUUGGUUAAAGCCCAACUCAUUCCAUGUGUGCAUCACGACUUACAGGCUUGUUAUACAGGAUUCAAAAGUAUUUAAGCGGAAAAAGUGGAAAUAUCUUAUUCUAGAUGAGGCUCAUCUAAUAAAGAAUUGGAAAUCGCAAAGGUGGCAGACUCUUUUGAACUUCAAUUCAAAGCGUCGGAUUCUGUUGACUGGAACACCGCUGCAGAAUGAUCUGAUGGAACUUUGGUCUCUGAUGCAUUUCCUCAUGCCUCAUAUAUUCCAGUCCCAUCAGGAAUUCAAGGACUGGUUUAGUAAACCGAUUUCAGGGAUGGUGGAGGGCCAAGAGAAGGUGAACAAGGAAGUGGUUGAUCGGUUGCAUAAUGUUCUUCGUCCUUUUAUAUUGCGGCGUUUGAAAAGGGACGUUGAAAAACAGCUUCCAAAGAAGCACGAGCAUGUUAUUUAUUGCAGACUGUCUAGACGGCAGCGGAAUCUGUACGAAGAUUUUAUUGCCAGCUCAGAAACACAAGCAACACUGGCCAGCACAAACUAUUUUGGGAUGAUAAGCAUUAUCAUGCAACUUCGCAAGGUAUGUAACCAUCCAGAUCUAUUUGAAGGCCGUCCAAUUAUAAGCUCAUUUGACAUGGCUGGUAUAGAUAUGCAGUUGAGCUCCUCUGUUUGUACUAUCCUUUCCACUGGCCUAUUUUCCAAGGUUGAUCUAAGAGUCUUGAAUCUUGUGUUUACCCAACAUGAUUUCAACAUGGCUUCAUGGGAGGCUAAUGAGGUUGCUGCAAUUGCUGCUUCACCUAGUAGUGUUGCUACAGAUGAAGACACAUUCUAUCCUGGUAACUAUGAUCAGAAGAGAAGAUUUCAUGGGACCAAUAUUUUUGAAGAGAUUCAAAGAGCUCUUUGGGAGGAAAGAGUGAAAGAGUACAAAGAAAGGGCCGCUUCAAUUGCAUGGUGGAAUAGGUUACGCUGCCAAAAGAAACCUAUGUAUGGAACCAAUUUCAGAGAGCUUGUCACUGUACAGCAUCCUGCAUAUGAUAUUCAUGAGAAGAAAAACAAGCCUUCGUGCUAUUUGGAAUAUCCAUCGACACUGGCAGAGAUAGUUCUGUCACCGGUAGAACGCUUCCAAAAGAUGCUCGAUCUUGUUGAAUCUUUUAUGUUCGCAAUACCAGCUUCGCGGGCCCCUGUGCCCGUUUGCUGGUGCAGCAAAGGAAAGCCCGCAGUUUUCUUCGAACCAUCAUAUAGAGAAAAAUGUAAUGAAGUGUUUUCCCCCCUUCUAUCCCCCAUCAGACCUGCCAUAGUCCGCCGGCAAGUGUACUUCCCCGAUCGUCGUCUGAUACAGUUUGAUUGCGGGAAGUUGCAGGAGCUUGCUAUCUUACUAAGACGUUUGAAAACAGAAGGCCACAGGGCCUUGAUAUUUACUCAGAUGACAAAAAUGCUUGAUGUUUUGGAGGCAUUCAUUAAUUUAUAUGGUUAUACUUAUAUGCGUUUAGAUGGGUCCACUCAACCGGAAGAGAGGCAGACUCUAAUGCAGCGUUUCAACACUAACCCAAAGAUCUUUCUUUUUAUCCUAUCAACUCGUAGCGGCGGCGUGGGAAUUAACCUGGUUGGGGCAGACACUGUUAUUUUUUAUGAUAGUGACUGGAACCCUGCGAUGGAUCAACAAGCUCAAGAUAGGUGCCACAGAAUAGGUCAGACUCGAGAAGUGCACAUCUAUAGACUCAUCAGUGAGAGUACUAUUGAAGAAAAUAUUCUUAAGAAAGCAAAUCAGAAACGCGCUCUUGAUGAUUUGGUCAUACAAAGUGGCAGUUAUAACACAGAGUUCUUCAAGAAACUUGAUCCAAUCGAACUCUUUUCUGGGAAUGGAUCACUUCGUUUGGAAAAGCUGCAAUUGUCUAAUGCUGAUGUGGAAGCUGCUAUAAAGCAUGCAGAAGACGAGGUUGAUUAUAUGGCUCUCAAAAAAGUAGAGCAGGAAGAGGCUGUGGACAACCAAGAGUUUACUGAGGAGGCCAUUGGACGGUUAGAUGAUGAUGAGCUUGUCAAUGAGGAUGAUACGAAGCUUGAUGAUAAAUUUAAUGAGGAAAGGAAGGGGGAUGUUUCUAAACCUGGAUGUAAUGUAAAUGAAGAAAAAGCACUUGCUUUGGCUGAAGGAGAUGAGGAAAUCGACAUGCUUGCCGAUGUUAAGCAGAUGGCUGCAGCAGCAGCUGCUGCUGGGCAUGCUAGUUCAUGUUUUGAGAACCAGCUUCGACCGAUUGAUAGAUAUGCCAUGCGGUUUUUGGACCUUUGGGAUCCGAUUAUUGAUAAAUCCGCCAUGGAAUAUCAGGUGAAUGUUGAAGAGGAGGAAUGGGAGCUUGAUCGUAUUGAGAAAUUUAAGGAGGAUCUAGAAGCUGAGAUUGAUGAAGACCAGGAACCCUUAGUGUAUGAGAGAUGGGAUUCUGAUUUUGCAACUACAGCGUACCGCCAACAUGUUGAAGCUUUAGCUCAGCGUCAGUUGAUGGAAGAACUAGAAUAUGAAGCUCAGGAAGCAAAAGCCGCAGAGGAUGAAGGCGGUGAUGAUAUGAGGGUUGGGACAACUGUGGAAUGCAAACCCAAGUUAAAAAAGAAGCAGAAAAAGAAGAAAUUCAAGUCUCUUAAGAAAGGAUCUUUAGCAUCUGAUUCGAAAAUUGUGCAUCAAGAAGCGAUAUCAGAUUCUGAGCUUGCUAAUGAUAAGGCUCUCUCACCAGAAGUUAUUUAUGCUGAAUCACCUACUCCGUCUCCUAGAAAGAAGCGUAAGAAGCCUACAUUUACAUCUGAUGAAGAGAACAACCCAAACAAAAGCUCAAAAAAACUCAAGAAAGUAUCUAAGACCACUUCUGUAGCAGAUUGUGGGUCGUCCGUUAAGCAACUGGUGGCAGCCAAGGAAUCAAAGUUGGGAGAUGGGGCUAAUGAUCUUGAUCCGAAACCAGUUGCUAAAAUCAAGACGGGGGGCAGAAUAUCCAUUACAUAUUUACCUGUAAAACGAAUUAUGGUGGUCAAGCCAGAAAAGUUAAGGAAGAAGGGGAAUACUUGGUUCAAAGAUAGCUCUCCAGAUUCUUGGUCAACACAGGAGGAUGCCAUACUGUGUGCAGUUGUGCACGAGUAUGGUACACAUUGGAGCCUUGUGAGUGACAUACUUUAUGGCGUGCCAGGUGGUGGGUCCUACAGAGGUCGAUUUCGUCAUCCUGUCCAUUGCUGUGAGAGAUUUCGAGAGCUGUUCUUUAAGCAUGUCGUCUCAUCAGUGGACAGCACGGAAAAGGUUUCUGCAUCUGGAAAGGCUCUAUUAAAAGUAACCGAGGAUCAAGUACGGAUUUUGCUGAAUGUGACUAGUGAGCUGCCCGACAAUGAAUUGCUUCUCCAGAAACAUUUCUUCGCCAUACUUUCUUCUGUAUGGAGAGCAAAGUGGCCCCUCGAACUUCACCAGUCCAUACCGUGCUUGCGAAGUGAUUUAUAUUCUUGUAGGCUUCUCUCGGACCCUAAUAAGUCCACAAGACUUACAGAAAACGUGACACCAAUGAAUACUAGACCAAAUAGUAGACUAGUAAUGAUGGCCCUUUCUGAUGUUAGUAUGCAACGUCAGGAGGAACCUGUAGUUCUUUCAAGCAAGCUGGAGGCUCACAUCAACCAGCUGGAAUUAACUCUGGAGUUCCCUAUGGAAAAUUCUGAUAAUGACUUUGCCUUCCCACCAUCUGUCAGCAUUUCAGUUAGCGGGCAAGAACAACUUCAACAGGCUGAAGAACCUGUUGGACAAUGUUUGUUAGCAGCAUCUUCAUGUAGAAUUGCUGAGAAUAGAUUCAGAAUGGCAUCAGAAGCUUGCUUUGAAGGUGAGGGAUCUCUUUGGGCGUUAUCAUCAGCUUUCCCCACUUGUGACGUAUCUAGAUAUAGAGCUGGCUCAAAGUCCCUCUCUUUGGGCAAGCACAAGUUGGCAUUUGAUUCCUCUAGACCUCCAAAAUCCAAAGUACAAAAGACCAUUGAAUCACAUGAAGAAGGUUUGUUUUCAGUCAGCAAAUGCCUCCUUCCUUCACCCCAACAAAUUUCCACCAGUACGACAGGGUACUGCAUAAACAAUGAACCUCUGUUACCUUCAAUGAACUCACUUCUUGAAGAGAUGGGAAGUUUAGAUUUAGUUCAGCACGAGUAUGAUCCUAGUUUCCUUGCUGGCCUCGAGGAGCUGGAAUUAGUUUCAGAGUUCACAGACAUAGGAUGAGAUUUCUUGAAUUUGGUUUUUCCAGGUGAUAAAGCCACCAGUAUAGAGAGGAAAAAUCCGCGUUUUGCUUUCAUGCCGAGCGGCAAAGGAUGGAGCUGUUUAUUGGCCGUGUGCGUGUUUGUGCACUUUGGUCACGCUAAGUAGUGACGGGCAUAUCAAGCGGAUGAAACAGGAGGGGUGGUUAUGUGAUUAGGCCGGAGAAGGGCGGGGUAGGCUUAGGUAUGGCUGGGAGAAUUGGGUGUUUACAGAUUCAUGUAUAGUGGUGGUAGAUUAGUUUCUGAUGGAUGUAAUAUAACUUCCCUCCGUGUACUCAGGGAAAACGUUGUAAUUCUAACCACAGGAAAAUCCUUGUUUUUUCCCGGGAUUUUUGUCGGGGGUGAUUGCCGACGGAAAAGAUAAGGUAAGAGUUUUUUAAAUUAUUGAUAAGAAAAAUUUCCUUCACUUUUUUGACUGAUGGGAAUGAUGGGAGGGUAUUUUUGAACUCAGCCAUGCUGAGGAAUGUCAACAGCUGAGUAUGCUCAAAAUAUACGCUAUGGCAACUUUUGCAUGUCAGUUAUUUCUAUCGCAAUUGUAUGCUCAACAGCAGUAAAUUA